AUGACUCCCGCACGAUGCAGUCUUAGAGAGGCCUCUUUUAGCCGCCUAUUUCCUCUUGAAGCUAAGCGGGCGCUGUCGGGUGGCCUCACACUAGCUAUUGCAUAUAUGCAUUCACGAGACUAUUCCCAUGGAAAAUAUGACAAGCCUGAGACAGUCCCCGUUAUGCAGCGCAAUGUCAAAUCACUUCCACCCAGUGUCCCAGCAAAGGCAGUGAUCCCACUCCGCCUUGGGGAAAAUGCAGAAGAAUUCUCGCUGUCUGACGCGCGGGUGGAAACGUAG